AUGGAUUAUGCUAAGAUGGCCAUUUUUAUUUUGCUAGCUUUCUCCUGCCUAAGUUACACCGACGGCGGAUGUAUUCCACAGGAUUGUCAGGUGAGUUCUUGGACUUUUUGGAGCUCGUGCCAUGGUGAGCGAUGCGGUGGACGAGGAGUCCAAAGACGAACAAGAUGGAAAGACACCGUCCCAAGCUGUGGAGGAUCAGAAUGUCCGAUUUUGGAGGAAACACGGUCGUGUGGCAGUGAACUCACAAGCUGCCUCAACGGAGGGCGUUUGAAUGACAAUGGAACAUGCUCCUGUGCCGACGGCUAUUCUGGACAAUGCUGUGAAGUGAAACCUGACGGUAUAGUCAGAAAAAGUUUUCUUUGCUUGCACAAAAAUUUUAAAUCUAUUAAUCUCUAUCUCAAAUUCGUAUUCACUCUUUCUUAUUCAUUUGGAACUGAAAAGAUAAAUACGUUCAUAGACCCUUUUAGUUCCCUCGAAAACUCAUACCCGAUUCCAGACCAAAAUGGGCGAAGUCUGUAUCAGUCCGAAAUGGCGCAGAAACCCUACCCUUUGGGGCAGCACAUACCUAUAUGUAUAUGAUUUAUAGAAGAAAGUACCCCUCGUUGGAAUAUAUAACUUUCGAGGAUUCACUGAUCUCGUUUUAAUCCAUUUUGUCUCAGUUCCUACGGCUACACACAGCACUAUUCGCUAGGCGUUUCUUGCACAAGCAUCCUUGCCACAAUGCUGUCUCAAAAUUGUGAAUAAUAUUUGAAUCGAGAUUCGAAGUCUUUAUUUCAGACUAAAAGAAGCAAAACGUUUUAUUGGGGGUUCUAAUAAAGACCGAAGUUCUUACUAGUCGCGAAGUCGUGUGCAAAGUCCCGUGCGCGUAUAAAGGUGGCUUAGGCGCCCACAGAGACUUACGCUUUGUCGAUCACGUGUUCUUGCCCACUGAAUCCUUUUCCUUUGUUUGCAAAUCACGUGCAAAUUAUUAUCGAAGAACCAAUUGGCGCCAAUACAUUGUUUAAUAAAAGGCAAUCAUAAGUAGAAAAUUAAUUAAGUGUUGACAGGCCAAACACGACACAGAAGCCCGAGAUAGUGAUACCUGGACUUCGAGUUUUGCUCAAAUAAGAAUAUCUUUCAGAGAUUUUCAUUUUUAUAUGGGAUAGAGCGGAGGGUCUUCGCAUAUGCCUCUUAAAGGUUGGAUUUUUAGAUGCCAUUUGCUCAUAAAGGUGUUGUUAGGCAAUGGCAGGCCCUAUGGAAAGCCAUAACUUUGUUAUGUGGUUAUUUAUCAUUAUGUGGUGUGGUUACUUCAUUAUGCCUUGUAGUUUCUUCAUUAUGUCUCGUGGUUACUUCAUUAUGCCUUGUGGUUACUUCAUUAUGUCUCGUUGUUACUUCAUUAUGUCUCGUUGUUACUUCAUUAUUUCUUGUGGUUACUUCAUUAUGUCUUGUGGUUACUUCAUUAUGUCUCGUUGUUACUUCAUUAUGUCUUGUGGUUACUUCAUUAUGUCUUGUGGUUACUUCAUUAUGUCUUGUUGUUACUUCAUUAUGUCUUGUGGUUCCUUCAUUAUGUCUUGUGGUUACUUCAUUAUGUCUUGUGGUUACUUCGUUAUGUGGUUUGUUCAUUAUGUGACGUGGUUUCGUCUUUAUGUUUUGUUGACUUUACUUCCGGUAUGAAGCUCUAGUACCCAGGCUUUACUCCUUACCAGGAAGUAGUUAAGCUUUCAGUACUGGGAAACUAAACAUGCCUAUAAAUGACUUUCAUUCAAGAAAAUGCCAGUUAAUUCUUUUACAUGGUUGUUCUUUGGUCAGUGAAGACUGUGCGGCUCGGCUGCUUCUCAUGCAAACACGAAAGUUUGAGCUGCUAAAUACAAGGCAUGAAAAUUUCGACUUCCAGAGCCAUCGAACCAGCUUUCGCUCUCUGAUUCUGAGAAUGAAAAAAAAUAAAUAGAGUUAUCAACUUGCUGCAAACCUCAACAGUAUAAUUAAGCAUAUGUUUCAUGGCAAUCAACUCAGAAGAGUUUCGUUUCAAAACACGGUAAAACUCACUGGUAAAUAAAACUACAAAGCGAUUGUGUGUUGUCGUUUUCCAAACAAAUCUCGAAUCGGCUUUAAUUAUAAGGCAUGAAGACUGAGAAACUGAAGAACUGAAAAUUAGAACUACAAUACACAAGCUUGCAAUGAUAACUUUUUAUGUCUUAGUUUCAGCCAGGUUAAGUGAAAAAUAACAGGCAAAAACUUUGUUUUGGUGAAUGAAAAUCAGUUUACCUGACGCUCUAGCCAAAAUUACCCACUGAUUUAUUAUCAACUUACCUUUUCUGAAUCUAUUCGACUAAUUGUUUCAGUGAUCUGUACCUGGUUAUCCGUAAAAGCAAUUUCAAUAACUACAAAAUAGUCAAAAACACGAGCGGCAUGAAGCAGAAAAACUGAACCACACGCUGCACACAGAAGCCGAGAGCGCGCGGGAUCGAGUCUUUUAUCUGACUAGAAAGUGUGACUGAAAAAGAGAUCGGAAAUGCUCAACCUGACGCAUGCGUAGACGUUUUGCUGCGGUGUUAGUUAAACCAGUUUUAAGAGGGGCCCCAGUUCCUGCUCUUCCGCGUUGUUAGAGAUUACAAAAUGGCGGGAGCUUGCAACCAUUCAUGUUGUAGGUCCCGGCAGUGGGGAAAUUGUCAGAAAACGUCUGGCCGGGAGUGGGGAAAUUGUCAAUUUUUCUAGAAGAGUUAACGUCGUUCUUUUUUCAAUAUUUCACUUAAAAAUAUGCCUAGCUGGAUAGCUUUAUAUAUUUCUACAAAGAAUAUUUUCAAUAAUUUUGCUUUAAAAAGAUAUGUUUGGUUUUCACUCCAUCACUUGCCUAUCCCACAGUAUUUGUUGCAUCCGUCUAGGAAAUUGUCUGCCGCCAUCGUUACGUGAUCAGUUCGCACAUCUGGCACAUGGAGGAAAAACAAUUAAAGUAUCGUUUAAAGAGUUAAGUUUAAAGGAAAGACACUUUCUUUGUGCGUGAAUGGUUGAGGCAGAAAGGCCUAGAAAAACUUUGCGAGAUAUUUGAGAGCUAAUAUAAACUUCGUGUACUGUACGAUCAAUGCGGCAAGUAAUACGCUGACGAAACAGUUCUGUUAUGAUGAGAAAAUGUUUAAUAGCUCAUCGGUUGUUUUUUUUUUAUCAUUCACUAUAUUAAACGUCUUCGAAAAUAAGAAGUAUUAUUAAAAUUCUAGUUUACAGUUCUAUAAUUGAUAUUAAUCAGAUGGAUGCGACUAAGGGCAAUUUGCGUAGGGCGCUUCACACGUUUUGAUAAGGUUAUUAGAAAUCCAUAAAUGUGGUUUUUGCAGCUUAUUCACUGGAAAAUACAAUUUUGGUGUUGUCCCGGAGAGGGGCAUUGGAAUUUUUGUAUGAACGCCUGUCCCCACCAUGGGGCAUUUGCAGCUCAGUUUCCCAAAAAAAAAAAGACAAAACGGUUAGCUCGAAAGCUAAGCUCCUCUGACCACCGUACACUCUUAUCCAAGCCAUUAAUUUUCUUUUUUCCUUCUUCUUGUUCUCCUUUAUUAGUGUAUUCCUUACCUUACUAUAUCUAGCCGAAUUUUUGAAAACAUACCUCAAAACGGGCCAGAAUAUUCGCACAGGAACCUGGCGAUAGCCAGGUUUCUGGUCACUGCGGUGAGAAAAAACAUAGGGGGCUUGCUGUCCUAGUUGGUCUCAUUGUCAAGCUCAGUCCCCGAGCUAACACGCCAUGGGUUGGAAAGGGGCCUCCAUGUCAAUCCCUAGCGGGGAAGGGUGCUGCAAAAGCGUGGUACCUUCCGUUAGUCUUGCUCUGGGAGAGUCAGUGCACUGGUCAUGUCUGCCUUUAGUUUGUCAUGUCAAAUUCUUGUAAUGUUUGAGGCCCAUUGGCCAAUGAAAGCAUUCCCCUCAAGCACUUGCCAGGCUGGGGGGGUGAUUUAACCUUGAAUUCUCUGCUUAGAACUUGGUUUAGUCUCAAGCAUCCUCCGUCAUUUAGGGCCUUUAAGCAGCUAGAGUGUAUGGACAAGUCCAGAGUGUCUUUUUGAUGGAUUUGAUUGUUUCUUUUGCUAAUCAGGAACCAAGAUGAAGAGUCACCAUAAGAGAACCAAGGGUAAGAGCUGAGUUUCUUGGCGAUAUUUGUUUUAGUUGAGUCAGUUUAAGAUGUGUGGGCUCCAGGAGCCCGAUGGUACGGGUUUCAUAAAUCCGGCUAGAUAUAUACCUGGAGUUAUGAAAACUGCGUUAGCAAACAUUUUGUAAUUUUUCUCAACUUCCCCUGUCUAAUAGCUUGUUUACUGUGUUGUCUGCUCAUGUCGUGUUUUUUUUUUUGCUUGUUUUGUGGUUAGGGAUUUGUGUAGAAGUGGAUGUAGACAGAAUUACUAUCUUACCCCCCCUCCCUAUUUUUUCCUUACCCACAAUUCUUUGUUACAAAGCUGGUUUCGGUGCCGUUUAGCAGUUUAGUUUUAGAUAUUAGUCACCUUGAGAAAAGUUUCCCGGAUAGUAUCAUGUAAAGCUCUGAGAUGAGACAAAGUUAUUACGAUUCGCAGAGUCUGCAUCGUCCAAUAUCGUAUUUUAGUAUAUACACACUCAGUGAUCUUGGUAAUUCAAGCAAUCUGAUUGGUUAGCUAUCUCGGACUAUGACGUUAUAUUCACCGCGCUAGGCGGUGAAUAUAAAGCCGAACAAAAUCGCUGUCGUGAACUGGGUGUUUUGCCAAAGUUUCAUAGUAAAACCUUUUUGAAAAUACACGAAUAUCCAAGUGCUGAUGACUUUGAAGGCAAGAAAAGACUUCAUGGUGUUUAAACAGCGUGAUUUAUAGUGGAGUGGUUUACUUUAGCUGACUUUUUGUACGCUCGAAGCUAUGUUUACCACUACAGAGGAAAACGAGGUCGCUUUGUCACUGUUUUGUGAUUUCGGGAUUUUCUCGCAAGACCAAUUUUGCCUAUAAAUAGAGUUAAUUUAUGGAGAAGAGAGGAAGGCAAAUAUUUUCGAAAAUUGUACGUGCCAGCAAGUUAACACGGCAAAGAACUUUGGAGAUAAUCAACGCUCACCUUGAUCGCAGCCGCUGUUGACAGCAUUUGUAAGAAGCGGCGAAGAAAACUUUCUCAUUCACUGUGAGUUGACGGAAACAAAUAAAGCUCUAGAUACUUUUCUUCUCAGAAUUGGGUAGUAAUUUAAAUUUUCGGCGUUUUCUUUUAAACCGUUGAUGCUAAAGCUUACAAAACUCGAUACAAAAGGAUUAAAACUAUCAUUUGCCAUGUUUGAAGAUACUGUAAAGAUCUAACUUUUGCGCAUUCACUGUUUACGGCUUCGUGUUCACGCAUGAAUUUUCACCCGUCAAUCAAACUAAUCGUUUUUUAAUGGUUUCCUUUCUGAUUCUGUUGAGAUCACUUCGUGUGAAUAUACUAAAACAAUUAUUCACCUCAGGCUCAGUUAAUAUUGUUGAAUAAUCCCCUCGACUUCGUCUCGGGGAUUAUUCAACAAUAUUAACUUCGCCUUCGGCGAAUAAUUGUUAAAUAUUCUCGUUUUAUUUGGCUAAACGGAUCAAUCACCCUGAUACGGGCUGAGACUGAAAGGUACGUUAUUGUUCGCUUUUCUAAGGUGACCACUAAGUCUUUGGCCUCGGUAACAGGCUCUUAGGAGUCAAAUGAAUUAGUUGAGAGCGAAAUUGCAGGUGAACUUUGACGCGGGCCAAGACUUUUUUUCUGAUGUGAAAACAAGGCUAAAGUGAUCUGCGGACCGUGUGACUGUACAUCCGGGAACUUGAAAAAGACGAGUGCAAGAGAAAAGUCCAGAGGUGUUUAUCUGGCAAUAGGCUGAGUUUUUCCGAGUUAUUCGAUGAUAUUUCGCUUAUGUUAAACGUGAGAAGAUAAUGCGUGGUUGUGGAUAGUCUUAUCAGUGCCGCGAAAGUAUGUGAUUGCGUGAUUUCCGCAUGGCGUUGACAGGUAUGUGAUCGCGUGGUUGAACUGCAGUUUGGCUAAAAUAAUCUGUGCCAGCUAUUAAUAUUGUUUCGUCGGUGUUUAGCUUAGCUGAUUGUACCUUGGAAAAGCAACUCUUGACUCAGGAAAAUUGGAUCUAGGUCUAGUUUCAGCGGGUUCUAAUGGCAUUGAACCAUAGGCCGAUUUGUACAGAUAAGAAAGUGAUAAUUUGUGUACUACGUUUCAUUCAGUUUGUUGUCUAUUCCAUGCGGAAUCCAGUUGUUUAUCGACACGCGAAAAAAGUAGUGUUUUGCUAACUAUGUAAGUUGUUAUGUAAGCCUUAACCAGGCACUCUUUCGCUGCAGCUCACUCAACUUGAAAAUUUCUAGACUGAAACGACACCGGUUUGAAACUUCGCGAAAUCAGUUUACUGAAUAAAUGUUCUAAAAUUUGCGUAGCUUUGCGUCAUUCUAAAUUUGGAGCUGUUGGAAUGCUUCAAGGGACCAUUAACAUACCGCCCGGCGUCAGAUAAAGGCUUUUAAUCGGCCUUUGAAUGAGUUUUAUUGUUUUAAAUCCAGGUAUAUAUAUAAUGUAAAUAUUUCAUAAAAGUGUAAAUAAAAUUGAAUUGAAUUGAAUUGAAAUACCUAACAAAUGCCAGGGGAAUUGGCACGCUUGGAAUUGACUGAGCCAUUAUGCCGCGCCCAAGCACUUGCUUUUCUGUCGACGACGGAAUUCUCGAUUGAUGGCGGCUGGCUAAACAAACGAAAGUUACUGUCCAACUCUCUUCGAAGAAACUUUUCAUUUCUCACCACGUCCACCCCUUCUACUGCUGCCACUACGUCCGCUGAAAAGAGCUACGCAUUCGCAAAGAGCUGCUGCAGCCAUAGACUGAUGUUUUUUUUUGGGUGUCAGCACAAAGGGCGCGGGGGCGAUUUCCCCGUUCGUAGUUACACCAAGACGUACAAGCUCGUCAUCGGACAACUCUGAUACAUUUUCAGGCUCAAUUCUUUUGGCAGCAAAUUUCGGAAUAAGAGACUAGAGUUUGAGGUCCUUCAGAAUACUCUUCAUGAUGUUUUCUUCCUUCACAAGCUAAUCGAAAUGUGAUGGUUGCCUGCUUCCACCAUUUUGUUAUCUUUAACAACAAGGAAGAGCAGGAACUGGGGCCCUCUUAAAACCGGUUUGACCUAGUUCCUAGUAACGAGUAAAGCCUGGGUACUAGAGCUUUGUACCGGAAGUGAAGUCAACAAAACAUAAACACGAAACCACAUCACAUAAUGAACAAACCACAUCACAUAAUGAACAAACCACAUAAUGAAGUAAACACAAGACAAAACGAAGUAAGAACAAGACAUAAUGAAGACACCACAAGACAUAAUGAAGUAACAACGAGACAUAAUGAAGAAACCACAAGGCAUAAUGAAGUAACCACACCACGCAAUGAAGAAUCCACACCACAUAAUGAUAAAUAACCACAUAAGAAAGUUAUGGCUUUCCAUAUUACCCUGCGAACAGAGUGUCCCUCGAUCUUCCGAGAUAAGUCGGUUGCCUAGUCCCUAUACGGGGUCUUUCCAAGCCCUCUCGGUCAAUGCAUUUCGGUGACGUAUCCGAGACGAACGGCCGGGAGACGCCUAGACAUUCUCGCAGUGCGCAUGCGUGAGCAUUUUUUGCAUUUUUGAAAAGUUCCCACGUUCAACUGCAAUAAUCUAUAAAUAACUUUGCGCGCGUGAAUAUCCUUCGCUUAAAGAUCGGCACUAACCUGGUUUCUGUUAUCAAAGAACAAAAAUAUUACUUGAAUCGGAAAGAAUACUACUGUAUAACGUGCGAGUAAUUUCUCCUUUAGUUCAUUUUCAAAUGAACCAUUAAAAUGAUAUUUCUUUAUUGAUAAAAAGAUUUGAAACAGUUUGUUGACAUUCUACCAAAUUCAUCAGCCUGUCCGAUUAGUUUGAUAAGCUUCCAAAUCCAAAAAUUAAAUUACAUGAAAUAUUUCGAAGCGAAAUGAUAACGAGAAAUUUAUAGGAGUAAGCAAAAAUAGAGGAACGAAAGAUAGCUUUUCAUAUCCAAGAAUAAAUAUAGACUUAUUUCUUUAGCUUACCUUCCGAUUCUUGAUCAAAUAAUUUUUUUCCGACGCUGUUUUGCUUAGCCUACAAAUAGUUUUUGAGAUGAAAUAAAGUUCAAAUUAGUUUAAUGAGAUAAAUGAAAAAGAAAGGCCAAAGGACUUUCAACAGAGAAUAAAAAUGCUUGGUUAACUCUCUAUCCUCUGUACUCUCCAUGGCUGCUGGACAUGUUUCAUCAGCGCGGAAAAGUUAUUGACAGCUCGCCCGCUUCCAAAAGCUCCGCCCCAAGUGAGACAAAAUGUCUCACUUCUCCGAGUUUGUCUAGGCCUCAAAAACUUCCUCGGACCACGUGACCCGAAACGCAUCGGCCGCGAAUAAUAAUGAGGCCUGGGGACUAGGCAAGAUAAGUCGGGAAGAGGAGGGAUUGGGAGACUCUGCCUACAUCCUCGACUAUUCAUAUUGAGCAUGCUCGAAAUUCGGACCUCGUAGGAAACAGAAGUUGACUUCAAAGAGUUUGUGAUUGGUGGAUUUCGAUCCGUUUUGUGUGUUUCAAGGUUCGUCGCUUGUGAUCGUAAUUAUCACGGCAGCACCUGUAAGCUGGAUUUUAAAUCUCGGAAAAUCAAGUAGCACUCGAAAAGUAAACCAGAAGUGACGAAUGCUUGUUGAAUAUUAAAACCAUCGAUGAUUUAAAUGCAGCUUAGAUUCAUAAGUCUCAUGAUCGUAUUUUAAAAUAAUGUUAUGAAUGAGCAAACUCAAAAGAAUAGACAGAGAAAUGAUUUUUUGAAAAUUUUUAUUCAAAAGCCCAUUAGUUUAUCCUUAAAACACUUCGCGUAACACUUGCACAUGGAUCGUGGAUCAGUUCACGCAAUUAAAAUCGGCUGAGCACAUGGUAAAAUCUAAAACAAAAUCCAUCUCAAAUCGGGCUGCAUUUUCUGACUUUUCUAAAAAGGACUAGCGCUCCGCUGCAGUUUACUAAACGUUGAAUCGAUAAUUUUCUUAAAAUCACUUCGUGAAAAUCGAAACGGCAGCGAAUUGUUUUGUUACAGAGCGUGGGCGCAGAGAAAGUCAGCGAUACUCCAGAAGACGCGUGCGUGCACAGAUGAAACUGGUUUAUCCAGUAUGAAACUUGUCUGACUCAUCCAAAUCGAGGGAUGAUCGGCAAAUCAAAGGAAUUUGAAGAUGUCGGCAGAGUCGCUUCCUCUUUCCCGACUUAUUUAGGAAAGAUCGAAGCGACUCUGCUAGCAGGGUACGCCAGGGUGGUACGUUGGUUGUAAUUUUUUAACAAAUUUUCCGGGAUAUAUCAACUAAUAUAACUUCUGAGAUAGAUUCUCGAUUUGGAUUUCGAGUAGGAGUUUUGAGUUAGGAUUCGAGGUGGAUAUUUUGACCUCAAUCUCUUCUUGUGCAUAAAGAAAUAACUGUUAAAGCAGAAGAUCACUGAAUUCCGUGCAAAGUGUAUCUAUUGCACUUGUAUUGUACACAGUAUGCGUUUAAUAGAGGUGAAGACAAGAAGGGCCUGUUUACAUGGAAGGAGGAAGAUCCUAAAAAAGCACCAGGAAGAUCCUAGAAUGAGGAACAACUUUUCGUUGGGUUUACCGUAUGCAGAAAUUUCCGCCCGUGAUUACUCACUCAACAACGUGCCGCCAUUUUAGUCUGGUUUGUCCCUGGUACUAGGAUCUCCUUAGCGAAAGCAGUUUACAUGGUGUUUAGAUAGGAUCUUUCUAGUACUUGGAUCUUCCUACCUCUCAGCUAUGAAGAUUCUACUACUAGGAAGAUCCUAGCGCUAGGAACAAGUACAACUUUUUGUAUGUAAACCUACUACAGAAAACAUAUGGUGCUAGGAUGUUCCACCUCCUGGAACAUCUGGAAUCUUCCCGGUGCUAGGAUCAGCUACCUCCCCUAAUGUAAACAGCCCCUAUUCGUUGGGACGGCUACGGAACAGAUGCCCGUGACUGCCAGGUAAAGGUUUAAUACAGGUUAAUUUUGCAAUAAUUAAGGAAAUGAUUUUAGGAAAAGUAACCACUUUUAAUCCUCGUAUUAAAAUGCCCGAGGCCUCUUGAUACAGAUUUGACUGUGAUUCGAAUCCUAACUCGAAAUUCAACUCGAAUCCUGACUCGAAAAUUCAUCUCGAAACUCCAUUUAAAAUCCAAGUCGAAAUCCUAACUCGGCAAAUAGUUAUAGUUUAGCUAGUUUGUUGUUUUCUUUUUCUAAGUGGUAACGAAGUAACAUACUGGUUUCUUUUGUCAGGUGGUGGCAGCGGAGUUUCAGUUACUGUGAUUAUUGGUGGAGUUUCCGGUGGCUGCGUUGGAACCAUAUUCUUUUUCUGCAUUAUAUGCUAUUGCUGUUGUAAAUGAAACGCAUUGCGUGCAAUAGUGACUCAUUCGGGCGAAUAGCUCCUAAACACAAUGAUCGUUGACCAUAGAUCAAGCAAACUUUAAUCAUCUUAACUUUAGAAGAUCUUAUGUAGAUUUUCAUGUGUGAUAAGUAAGGCCCUUGAUAUGACAAUGAAUUUUAUUCUCAUGCAAAUAUGACUAAUUUUCAUAACAAAGGUUUUGCACAUAGCCUCGUUUUGAAAGUAGGAACUUUUGGAAUUCGCGAACGGCCUUUUCGCUCCAAAAACUU